AUGGCAUCCUUAAAAUUAUUAAUAACUUUACUUUCUGCUAUUAUUUUAUUGAAAACUUUUACUUUUGCUCACUGUCCUAAAGAAACACAUCAUAAAAAUGGUAAAAAAUCAACAACAAAUCAAAUUAAUAAUCCACCAGCAGUUGGAACAAUUCACCCACCAGUACAACCACCAAGUCAAGGAUAUACAAGUCCCCCAAGCAGCGAUCUACCAAAACAGCCAAGUCCUCCAGGCAAAUAUCCUUCAGGCCCACCAAGCUUAGCUCCAGCAGGUCCCUCUCCACCAAGCUCAGCUCCAACAGGUCCUCCACCAGGCUUAUCUCCUUCAGUUCCAGCUCCUCCAUCAGGUCAAUAUCCACCAGGCUCAAAAGUUACAAGCAAUUCACUUACUGUUCCUCCACUUUAUACAACAAAGGAGACUUGUUUACCAUUAACACCUGAUAUGCCUGGAGUCAUUGAUCAAUGGUUAAAUAAACCAAAAACUGGAAGAUUUGUUUGGCACGCACUAACAAAUGCUCAUAGUUAUGGAGGAGAAUGUGGUCUCGGAAUUCAAUAUCCUUAUCAUGCUUGUGUUGGUAGUGAUUUAUGGUCACCCGUAAAAAACUGGGUACGUUCAUGUUUGACUGAUAUCAAAGACCAUUAUAUUCGUAAUGAUCAAGUCUGUGUUAAUAAAUGUGUCAAGAUUGAAUAUAAAAAUAAAACGUUAGUUUUUCUAUUUUUAAUUAAGAAUAAUUUUAAUAUUAUAUAUAUCUCUAAAAAAGAACUAGUCGGCGUUGGGCCUUCCAAGAGUGGAAACCCACCCUUGGGGCGCGCCAAUCCACCAAUUAAAAUGAAGGCCUUCUUUUUAACUUUUUUAUUCAACAAAUAUAUUUAA